CCCUUAGUUCUCGAAAUCCCUAGGGCUCUUCACAACGCCACGCCGGUGAUUGUUGACUCACUCAUUUGUGCUUGAAGCUAAGAGCACUUAAAAAAUGGCGCCUACCACCAGCAAGCGCCCAAUCGCACACCAAGAUGAAUCCCUUGAUGUGUGCAAUGAGGAUUGUAGGAGGGCUCUGAGGGAUCCUGAGGCCCUUGUACAUGUGGCCACACGGCUAUGCAAGGCUUUUACCAACAGACCAUCUGUGUAUGCUGGGCAAGCACAUUCGAGAAGUAAGUUUGAUCAGUUCUGCCGCCUGCAUCCCCCUAUGUUUGACGGCAAAGCUGAUGUUAUGGAGGCCGAUAACUGGAUAAGCAGGUUGGAGAAGAUUUUUCGGGCCAUCGACUGCACUGAGGAGCAGAUGGUCGAAUUUGCCACAUACAAUCUGGCUGAUGUGGCUGAUGUGUGGUGGAUCUACACCAGAAAGCUGAUAAAGCAAGAGCUUGGUGAAGAAACCCCAAUUACUUGGACACGAUUUAAGCAGGUAUUCAGGGACCAAUUCUUCCCUGAGGUCUUUAGAGAGGCCAAGGCCAGAGAGUUUGCUGAUUUGAGACAAGGCGAUAUGUCAGUACAUCAAUAUUCAUUAAAGUUCAUCGAACUGUCACGCUUUGCCCCCUAUCUAAUCCCAGACGAGUCACGGAAGGCUCAGAAAUUUGAGAGAGGACUGCAUCCACAAAUUCUUGAUAGAUUAAUCGCACUGAAGUUAAGGAAUUUUGAUGUGUUAGUGGACAGGGCAAUGAUCGUAGAGGAGUAUCUGCAGUCGAGAGAGGAACAAUUCGAUAAGAGAAAACGUAAGCAACAGAUUCCUAAGCAAAGCCUAAGCAAGAAGCCCUUCCAGAGUAGUGGGCAGAUGCCACCACAGAACAAUAAGCCACAACAGAAUGCUACUGGACAACAUGCGAUGUGUCAGACUUGCAGUAAGGUGCACAGGGGGAAGUGCUUGAUGGGAACCAACACAUGCUUCAAGUGUGGGAAACUAGGACAUCGGAUUCGAGAUUGCCAAGACGACCAACGAUGUGGUUGAAGUUUAACAUCCAAAUGAGAAGCUUCUAAUCUGUUGGGCAGCAGAAUUGCAGCAUAUUAGGCAAGUUUUUGUGAAAAUAUGUGGUUGUAAUUCAACCACACAUCGUCAGACUACAUAGGCAAGACAUUCGCCAAAUUGAGCACCUACCUUCUUUGUUUGCUUGGCCUUUUGGAAAUCUCAAGUAACUGAAGCCUUGGCUACACAAUGAUUCAGCACAGAUGAAUCCAGAGUUUCUCCAACAGAAACAAAUGUAUCCAAAACCAUUCUUUUUUAAUCUCCUGCGUCAAUGUCUUAUGUAUCAGCUCCAGGCAACAAGCAGCUUAGGAUUUGGCCCUUCAUCAUACCUAGUUUAUUGGAGAAAUCUUUCUGUUUGAGAUAUCUGAAAAGCUUCACUCACUAAGUUUAUCGAAUGCAGAUGUUAAGGAGGAAGAAAUCCCAUCUGUGACAGACCUUUUCACCCAGCAAGAGAAAUCCAUUAAUGGAAGGAAGGCCAUCUCAUGAUUGGUGGGAUUUGGAAGGGAGCUGGGGAAGAUGACCUACUUGCCAUUGAAUCUGAGGCAAGAAUUUUGCUUUAAAUCACAUUUUUAAUAGUCCUAGCAGUCAAGUAUGGACAACAAUCUUACUUAUAAAAAAAAAGUAUGGACAACAAUCUUAUUUUGCUUGCUUAUAAAAAAAAAACAAAAAGUAUUGACAGACAAUCUGAGUUGCAGUAGUAAUGAAUAUGCCUAAAAGCAGUUUUGUGUUCUGAAAUUA